GAGAAGGAACUGUUUUUACAAAAUACAGUAGAGAGAGAAGGCAUGCUUGUCGGCCAUUAGAGCUUCAAGCCAAAGCAAAACUUGCUUAUCCUUCCCAUAAUAAUCCUUAUUGGAAUAUACACUAAUCGAUUCUCAUCUCUAUCUCUCUCUCGCUCUCACCUUUUUUUCUUUUUGCUAGUUUCUCUUUUAAUUCUUGGGAUUGUGGAGCUGAAAAAGUUUUUGGAUUUAAAGUCCCUUUAUUUCACCUUUUGGGUUUCUGAUUCUGCUUGAUUCCCAGAUCAAACUAUGAUCUCUUUUUAUUCCAGAACAGUAAAUGGGAUUUCUCCGGGUUUUAUCUCGAAUCACUGAAUCUAUUUGAGGAAUCGAAAGAGAAAGUUGAGCGAUUUUCUAGUUUGUCCCCAAGCGAAUAAUAAUUUUGAUUUGCCGAGAAAUAUUUAUCAGUUUUGGCUCCUGCUUGGCGGCUUCGUCGAUGGCUUCACAUUGGUGUUGAAGUUUUAAAAUUGUUCCUUUUUGCCAAGGAUGAAGUUGAGAGGAUCAAUGAGUUGGGUCUCUGAGUUCAAGACAGAAUCAAAAUCAAUGUUUGGUGGAGUUUUGUUUCUCUUGACACUUCUGGUUUGGACAUCAGAAAGUUUGAACAGCGAUGGUCAGAUCCUCUUGGAGCUGAAGAAAAGAGGAUUUCAAGAUUCGUUGAACCGUUUGCACAACUGGAACAACAUGGACGAGACACCUUGUAAUUGGAUAGGUGUGAAUUGCAGCUCAAAUGGCGAUACUAGUAAUAACCUGAUGGUGACAUCUCUUGAUUUGGCUUCUAUGAAUCUCUCUGGCGUAUUAAGCCCGAGCAUUGGCGGUUUAGUUAACUUGGUUUAUCUUAACCUCGCGUAUAACGGGUUAACUGGAGAUAUCCCUCUGGAGAUUGGAAACUGUUCAAAGCUGGAGGUUAUGUUUUUGAACAACAACCAGUUUGGUGGUUCUAUUCCGACCGAGUUUGGGAAGCUGUCUCAUUUGAGAAGCUUAAACAUUUGCAAUAACAAGCUUUCGGGUCCUUUGCCUGAAGAGAUUGGUGAUUUAUACGAUUUGGAAGAGCUUGUGGCUUAUACUAACAACUUGACCGGUCCAUUGCCUCGUUCUAUAGGAAAUCUCAACAAGUUGACGACGUUUCGUGCGGGGCAAAACGAGUUCUCUGGGAGUCUCCCUACUGAAAUCGGUAGAUGUUUAAACUUGAAGCUGCUUGGUCUUGCGCAGAAUCUCAUUUCUGGAGAGCUUCCAAAGGAGAUUGGGAUGCUUGUUAAACUUCAGGAAGUGAUUCUAUGGCAGAACAAGUUUUCAGGGUCAAUUCCUAAAGAGAUUGGGAAUCUAACAAGGCUUGAGAUUCUGGCUUUAUACGAUAACUCCUUUGCUGGACAGAUACCAUCAGAGAUUGGCAACAUGAAGUCUUUGAAGAAGCUUUACCUGUACCAAAACCAGUUGAAUGGGACAAUCCCAAGGGAGCUAGGGAAUCUCUCCAGAGUAAUGGAAAUCGAUUUCUCUGAGAAUUUGUUGGCUGGUGAGAUUCCAGUUGAGCUGAGCAAGAUCAGUGAGUUGAAGCUACUGUAUUUGUUUCAGAACAAGCUAACCGGAAUCAUACCGAAUGAACUCAGUAUGUUGAAGAAUCUGGCGAAACUCGACCUCUCCAUCAAUUCCUUAACCGGUCCUAUUCCAUCAGGUUUCCAGAAUCUUACUUCAAUGCGUCAACUUCAGCUCUUCCACAACUCACUCAGCGGAGUAAUCCCUCAGGGCCUCGGCUUGUACAGUCCUUUAUGGGUUGUUGAUUUCUCAGAGAACCAACUCUCAGGGAAAAUACCGCCUUCUAUCUGUAACCAAUCUAAUCUCAUCUUGUUGAAUCUCGGGUCUAACCGGAUAUUUGGAAACAUCCCACCAGGUGUGUUGAGCUGCAAAUCGCUCUUACAGCUUCGUGUAGUUGGAAACCGACUCACGGGUCAGUUCCCGACCGAGUUAUGCAAGCUUGUCAAUCUUUCAGCUAUAGAGCUAGAUCAAAACCGGUUUAGUGGACCAUUGCCUCCUGAGAUAGGCGCUUGUCAGAAACUGCAAAGGCUUCACCUUGCAGCUAACCGGUUUUCCUCAAACCUACCAAAAGAGAUCAGUAAACUCUCCAACCUAGUAACUUUCAACAUUUCAUCAAACUCUCUCACCGGACCAAUCCCUUCCGAGAUAGCCAACUGUAAGAUGCUUCAACGACUUGACCUGAGCCGGAACAGUUUCAUUGGCUCUUUACCUAGCGAGCUUGGAAGUCUUCAUCAGCUAGAGAUACUCCGACUCUCGGACAAUAGAUUCUCUGGCAACAUACCGUUUACCGUUGGAAACCUCACGCAUCUAACCGAGUUACAGAUGGGAGGAAACUUGUUUUCAGGAAGUAUACCGCCUCAGCUCGGUUUACUCUCGAGUCUCCAAAUCGCAAUGAACUUGAGCUACAACGAAUUCAGCGGCGAGAUACCAUCAGAGCUUGGGAAUCUUUAUCUGUUAAUGUACCUUUCUCUCAACAACAACCAUUUAAGCGGCGAGAUCCCAACCACGUUCGAGAACUUAUCAAGUUUACUCGGCUGCAACUUUUCCUACAACAACCUAACCGGACCACUACCACAAACACAGCUCUUUCAAAACAUGACGCUAACAAGCUUUCUCGGAAACAGAGGACUCUGCGGCGGACAUUUGAGAAGCUGUGACUCUAACCUGUCUUCUUUGUCCAACCUCUCAUCUUUAAAAUCAGGUUCUGCUCGUCGUGGGAGAAUCAUCAUCAUCGUGUCUUCAGUCAUCGGCGGUAUAUCUCUUUUCCUCAUAGCUAUCGUCGUUCAUUUCCUGAGAAACCCCGUGGAGACAAAACCUCCUUACGUCCUCCACGACAAAGAACCGUUUUUCCAAGAAUCCGACAUUUACUUUGUCCCUAAAGAAAGAUUCACCGUCAAAGACAUCUUGGAAGCAACAAAAGGCUUCCACGAAAGCUACAUCGUCGGUAAAGGCGCUUGCGGAACGGUUUACAAAGCGGUUAUGCCGUCGGGGAAAACCAUAGCGGUUAAGAAGCUCGAAUCCAACAGAGAAGGAGCCAACAACAACAACAACACAGACAACAGUUUCCGAGCUGAGAUUCUUACACUAGGCAAAAUCCGUCACAGGAACAUAGUCAGGCUAUACAGUUUCUGUUACCACCAGGGAUCGAACUCGAACCUGUUGCUUUACGAGUACAUGUCUCGUGGAAGCUUAGGAGAGCUGCUACACGGAGGUAAAUCUCAUAGCCUUGAUUGGCCGACCCGGUUUGCGAUCGCUCUCGGUGCAGCGGAAGGUCUUGCUUACUUGCAUCAUGAUUGUAAACCGAGGAUCAUACAUCGAGACAUCAAGUCUAAUAACAUCCUCCUUGACGAGAAUUUCGAAGCUCAUGUCGGAGAUUUCGGUUUGGCUAAGGUCAUCGACAUGCCACAGUCGAAAUCCGUCUCAGCCGUCGCUGGAUCAUACGGUUACAUCGCUCCCGAGUAUGCAUACACGAUGAAAGUGACGGAGAAAUGCGAUAUCUAUAGCUUCGGAGUUGUUCUUCUCGAAUUGUUAACCGGGAAGGCUCCGGUUCAGCCGCUGGACCAAGGCGGAGAUUUAGCCACGUGGACUAGAAACCAUAUCAGAGAUCAUUCGUUGACGUCUGAAAUUCUUGAUCCUUAUUUAACCAAGGUAGAAGACGAUGUGAUUCUCGCUCACAUGAUCACGGUGACGAAAGUUGCGGUCCUCUGUACGAAAUCUUCGCCGUCGGAUCGACCGACGAUGAGAGAAGUAGUUUUGAUGUUGAUUGAGUCCGGUGAACGCGCCGGGAAAGUGAUUGUGUCCACCACGUGCGGCGAUUUACCUCCGCCGGUGCCACCGUGAAAGAAAGGUCUUUUAACUAACCUUUUUUUUUGGGCGGCAAAAUUGGUUUCUGUAUAGAUUAAUAUGAUUUGUAUAGUCGCCAUAGAGGAAAUAAUUCAUCUGAUGAAAGAAAAGUGCAUACAUGUAAAAUCAUUCGUCGUAAGCUGGUUGAUUGAAAUAAAGUUAGAAAUUUUUGUUCGUUAGAAAACAAAAAUAAAAAAA